AUGAAUUUCGCGCCGGUAACUUGUAAAGCGUUUAGCGCUAUGCAAAACCUCGACAUAGCGCAGUUGGCCACCUGUAGCCAGCAAGAAAUUAGACCACUGCUUCCGUGUCUGGUACGCAUGAGUUUGCUGUCGCCGCUGGACAACACCAAGGGAUGGGCCGAUGCACGGAAACAGAUUCUUUCCCUGCUGGUGGGAAUCGAGGUGGUAAAUAAUAUUGUUUCACUACUGCAAGUCAAUUACCAUGAGCUGGAAAUCGAUGUAAAGAAGGAACAGCAGAUUAGGCAAAAGAUUGGAUACACAACACAGGACUCGGCACAGUUUCACAGCCUUCCGAACGGUAUUGUGAUGGGGUUUGAGCGAGCGGACGGCACGAAUAAGGUUCGCGUAGUACUGUCGGAAUUGUUUUACCUUCAGGCCCAGAUUAACGAGCUGGCCACGCAAGCAUCGUUACAGAAAUCAUCCUCAAACGAGCUUACCAUACGCCCAUCGGAGCUGUUUGACAAUGAAAUAUACCUGGAAGAAAUAGCUGACAUCAUCUGUAUCGCACUGGCCGAGCUUCCUUCGCUGUUAAACUUGCAGGAAGUGGUCGAAACGCUACUGUACGUUCGCAAUGGAUCGAAGAUUGUUUGCUGGAUCGUGGCUAACAUGCCGGAUUGCUUUCGUGAGGUUGUUACUGCACUAAUUACAAACAGUGAUGAAGAUACCACCGAUGGCCGGGUGAAGCUUGCUGCAUUGUACGAACUGAGCGAAAUGAACCCCAGCCAGGCACUGUCGAUGCGUACGAUCUGUGUGGAAACGGUAAAGAUGCCCUCGCUGAUGAUCAAACUGAGUCUUCAGGAUCCCCAGAAUUUGGUGGCUUUCGUGUCCGGAUUACUGCUAGGCAAUGAUCAAAACAUUCGCUCCAGCUUCGCUCUGUACAUCCGCACGAGUCAGAAGCGUAAAGGAGAUGUGUUGCACCAACUGCGGGAAGAAUUUCUAAAGCAGCUGAUGAACAUCAACUUGCAGUCCGUGAACGGAACGCUGCUGGAAGAGCUCGUAGUGCAGGCUGCUGCCAUUGUACGUCUUUACUGUGCACUACGGACCAUAUCGGGGAUCAAAUUCUUUGACGAGGAAAUACAACUACUAGUGCAGCUGAUCACCUCAAAACCACCUCCAACUCCAGCAGGAAUUCGCUUCGUUUCGUUGGGCCUUUGUAUGUUCAUUGCUUGCUCUUCACUCAUCACGCAUCAAUCGCACGAAGCUAAGAUGAUCGAAUGGAUACAGUGGCUUAUCAAGGAGGAAGCAUACUUCGAAAGUGUGAGCGAAGUUUCAGCGUCGUUCGGUGAGAUGUUACUGCUCUUGGCAAUCCAUUUUCAUAGCAAUCAGAUGCUACAUAUCACCGAGCUGGUCUGUUCUACGCUGGGGAUGAAGUUUACACUGCGACCAAACACGAUCACGCGCAUUAAGCUGAUCUUCACACAGGAAAUCUUUACCGAGCAGGUUGUCGCAGCUCAUGCGGUUAAAGUACCGGUAACACUGAACCUCAACGCGACCAUCCCGGGAUAUCUGCCGGUGCAUUGUAUCCACCAGCUACUAAAAUCAAGAGCCUUCUCCAAGCAUAAGGUCCCGAUCAAGAGCUGGAUAUACAGACAGAUCUGUAAUUCGGUCACCCCGAUGCACCCAGUAUUGCCGGCAUUGAUAGAAGUGUACGUCAGCUCCAUUAUACUGCCAAAUCAGAAGGGUUUGCAGGAACAGCACACGCAUAAGGCGCUUUCCGAGCAGGAAAUAGCACAGGUGUUCCAGAAUGCUUCCGGACUGUGGAACAAGGAGCAACAGGGCAGAGUAAAAUCAAUGAAUCAGUCUGGUUCGGAUCGAUUGAACAAAGAUCACGUGCCGAUGGAUGUGGAUGAUUCGGGCAAUCGGCAGCCAAAUCUUACCCCCCAGUUGCUGUUACUUUACUAUCUGCUGCUCUACGAGGAUGUGCGGUUGAGCAGUAUGCCACAAAUAAUUGCCAGCGGUCGGCAGGUUAAAAGCUACAACAACGAGUUCAUGUCCGAGCUGCCUAUAAAGUAUCUGUUACAACAGGCGCAAAGAAAUCAACACGAAUACAGCGCUCUGUUUAGUCCACUGUUGCGCCUUUUGGUGACACACUUUCCUCAUCUUUCGCUGGUGGACGAUUGGAUUGAUGAAGAGUCGACCGCGUUCAACGACAGUUCUGCUGCUACCAGCAUCAACGAGCUUACCAUCAUUGAAGCGUUCGAAGAGAUCGAUCUGAACCCAGCGCGUGUUAUCAAGCUAUUGCGCAGAAUGAUGCGAAAGUCACCUACAGCACUAUGGCCGCUGGCUCCAACGUUUAUCCGAUAUUUCAAGCAUACGCUUAACCAUACGGUGCCAUUGCUUCUACAAGAACUGUAUCGGCAGGUUUGGAUGCGGUUAAACACGAUCUUCCCCCGACGGUUGUGGGUCAUGUCGAUUAAUGCCCUGAUGCCUGAGGAUAAAGUAACAAAAAAUUUUACUAUUACCCAGGAGAAAAUUCUGUUCGAUCCGCUACAGGUACUGCGAUGCGACAAACGAGUCUUCCGCUGUUCCAGUGCUCUUACGAUUGUGUUGCGGAUAUUGCAAGCGAUACUGGCUGCUUCCAGAAGUCAACUAUCGCGCCACAUGCUCGACAAACCGCUGAUCGACAUUGGGAAUCAAGUCAAAACGGACAACGAUCGUGAGGAGCUGAAGUUGGCACUGAUCGCUACACAGGAAAGCGUUGGAGUGCAGAUUAUUCUGGAGGCGUGUCUCGAGAAUGAAACAGAUUGCUCAGAACCGGGACGGCUAUGGGCGCUCAGAGAGGUUCGCGGCGUCAUUUGCUCGUACAUCCAUCAGAUGUUUAUCGCGGAACCGUCGCUGGCGAAGCUGGUCCACUUUCAAGGAUAUCCUCGCGAGCUGCUAGCGAUAACGGUGCGUGGCAUACCUUCGAUGCACAUUUGCUUGGACUUUAUACCGGAACUGCUAAGCAUGGCGGAAAUGGAAAAGCAAAUAUUUGCGAUAGAUCUUGCGUCACACCUUUCGCUGCAGUAUUCACUGCCAAAAUCGCUUAGUAUAGCGAAGCUAUGCAUUAACACGCUCAUGACGCUGCUAGGCGUGCUUUCCGGGGAUACUCGCACUGAAAUGUGCCGUGCCUCGCUACCCUGUAUCGUACGCUUUGCCGAAGCAUUUCCUCCAUUGCUGGACGAGUGCAUACUGUAUCUGCUACAUCUCGGACGUAUAGUACAAUCCCAAGCUGCCCUUGGCCGUUCCACAUCACUUCCUUCGUUGUACGUUGGGCAGGAUUGCAAGCGUCGGUCACAAAGCGGACAGUUGCAGCACGCUGAAAGCUUGGUUGAUGAGGUGCGGGAGACUUUUGCCAAGCUUUUGGAUGCGGCCGUACUAAGUCCAAAGAUAUAUUCACACUCGGAAACGGACAGUGGGAAUUAG